GGAGUUCCCAGCAUUGACAGCAACAUCGACGUUGAAGUUCAACUUUGACGAAUGUGGAGUCUUUACAUUCCUGUAUUUGUAGUGUCGACCAUCUUGGUCGUCCCAGGCGACAGACAAUGUGAGUGGGGGAAAUACGGCGAGAACUGCAACUUGACCUGUCCUGUGAACUGUGCACUAGUUCCACCAAGUAAUCUUCAGCACUGUCACAGAGACACGGGGAAGUGUUCCGGGGGAUGCCGGCGUGGUUGGCAUGGUGAUCUGUGUUACCAAUCCUGCAGCCCCACCUGUCUCAACAAGACCUGUAACCUGCAAACUGGGCACUGCACACUUGGCUGCAAUGGAACCAACAUGGGCGUGUUUUGUAAUAGCACACGAAAGUGUGGUCGUGGCUUGUAUGGAGAUACGUGUGAACAUCCCUGCAGCAGCAACUGUGUGGAGGAAAGAUGCAACCAAACAACUGGAGUCUGUAUACUUGGCUGUAAUGGGACUUAUACUGGAGAGUUCUGUAACACUGCGAAUGAAACGUCUACAACUCCCGCUGCUGUGAACAACAAGGAAGGAGGGGUGUUCGUGAUUACCAUACCGGCUCCUGUGUUCCUGGUAGCAGCUGUAGCAGUCUCACUUGCACUUGUAGCCGCAUCUGUUCCCCAUAUCAUGCUCAUCUUCUCUUUGCAGAUGGCGGAGACACGUGAAGAGGUAAUAUGCAACUCAUUAUCCUUAAUGGCAGCAUGUAGUAUAGGUUUUGAUGUAGUCAGACAUUUUAUAGUUCUGGGGCAUCUUCCGCAAUUAUGUUCAACAACUUUCCCUGAAGCAGUUGUGAGGAGGGAUCAUUUAAUUAAUUUACAAGAUUUAAUGUCAAACAAGGGAAAUAAAUCUGUAGUGGAACGAUGUAAAAUGUCUUUUUUCUCUGUUCAGCUCAUCUGAAUAAACGGCUCUGUUUAUGCGGCGUGUGUAUGUAAUGACGUGGUCAUGAGUGUGCUCGUGUAUGAUGGAUUAUGCGAUGCAUAUGCAUGUACCGACGUUGACGUUCACGUAAACUAAUGUCAUUCUUACUGUUGAGGCAACAUGCUAUACUCUUGCGGUUCCAACGAUAAUGGUAGGUAUCAAUACAUUACAUGAAAUAUAGCCAACUAUCAGUUACCCCAUACUUGGGCUGCCAGUCCAGAUUUGAAGAGGUCAUUAUGCGACGAUGUCGUAUUGGCCACACACGAUAUACCCAUGAAUAUAUGUGUAAACGUUUUGUAUCCCUUGUGAUGAAAGAAUCACGGUCACGCAUGUCCUGCUUGACUGUACUGUUUUUUCCAUAGGGAUAAGUAUUUAAAUGUAAAAACUGUUACAAAUUUUAAAAUAAUUAGAAUUAUUAGAUA